AUGCCGCAACGUUGUCCACUCAUGUUGGAGUUACUGCAAGGCUGUUGCGGCAGACAGUCAUCGGAAGACAUUCGAACGUCGCUUCACAACGAGACGCCGCUUCUUCAAAUCCAGUUGAAGCCAGCGACUUCCGAAAACGACAUCGAGAAGUUCUGCAUGCCACCGAGUUCACGCCGAGUUCACACCGACCAUGAGACUCAUGGCCUUGGGCAAUGUCUCAGGAUGGCCGAGAUAGCAGGGCUCGUUCUCGGCGCUAUUCCUCUUGUCAUAUCGGCAUAUGAGCACCGCAAGGCUCUUCUAGACUCUGCAGAGGCAUUCUUCCAUGGCAAGAAAGAUUACGACAAGAUCAUACGACGAUUGCAUAUAGAGUACGCUUCAUAUGACCAAAACAUGCGUAUACUGCUUAUUCAUGCUGUCAACGAAGAAGAAUUGGAUCAUAUGAUCAAGAACUCACAACAUUCUCUUUGGAAAAGCGAAGGACUCGCAAUAAUACUCAGAAGGGAGUUGGGAAGUGCUUAUGGACCCACAAUGGGAUUGCUGGAGGAUCUCAGUGAUAUUUUGGUCAGUAUAGUGGCCAAGCUAGAUAUAUCUGGCUCAGAUAAGGUAAAGCAACAAGGGCUUGCUAUCAUUGUCUCCUCCAACCCUCCUCAAUCGAACUCACAGGAUCUUCAAGAGCGUUUCAGGUUUGAGAAACGGCUUGAGUUUACCUUGAAGAAGCGGUCUGUGGACAAAAAGCUCCAAGCAAUCAACGACUUCAAUACCCAUCUGCGUAAUCUUUUGCAAGAAGCAGAUAAGAUCAAUCAACUUCAGCAAGAUGAAGGCUCGUGUAAUAAAGCCCGCAUCCAGUGGAACGAUUCGGAGUUGCAUUGCCGAAAAUCGAGGAGAAGGUGUGGCUCGACAUGGGAAUCCGUGUUCUGGGUGAAAGCAUUCCAGAAACUAGGUAUCUGCGCAACCACCCUGAAGAUCCUGAACUUCCCUGACCUUUGUAGUCCCAAAAUACCAAAGAUAAGAUUUGCCGUACCGAGGCCUGUAUUUCCACCCGAUCCGCCGGCUCUAGAGAUCGACGAUACUUGCUCUUCGAUUGCGGGAGCUAUGUAUCCACAGACUGGACUAGAUUUGGAUUCAUCAGAGAUCUUGCAAAGACUCUACAGGGUAGAAGCACAACAACGACAUCUCGCUCAAGAUUUAAUGACGCUGGAUACUUUCCUGACCAUAAACACGAUACAGUUAGGAAUGGGAGACUUGUUAUGCCUGGCAGUCACUCGCGUAUCAUCAGUGAUUCAGCUUGGGAAAACACCAUGGCUGUUACAACCAUGGAGCCGGCACAACAGUGUAUUUAUACGUCUCAAUAGAAACCCAUCAAUAGAUGCCAAACACCCUUACUUAGCUUACAAGUACGAGACGGCUCAGGUUGGGCCUCCGCCCCAAGUAUCUGACAGCUCCAUGAUUCUCUCCAGUCGUCAAAGGAUGCUUUCUCUGGGCAUUAUGCUCCUGGAGAUUCAUUGCGAAAGAUCAUUAGAGAGCCUGAUGGAGCAAGCCGAUCUGGGCCGCGAUGGCUUUCCGAACAAAGAAACAAGCUAUACCACUGCAUCAAGGGUACUUGAAGAGCGAAUCAACGAUGGCCAAGUAUCUUUUGGCUUCAAAAGAUCCAUCGAGUAUUGCCUUCACUUUUCUAGACAGCCAGAUGCGUUCUUUGAGAAUUCAACCUUCGUGCGGUCCAUAGAGAAACACGUAUUGGAGUCCUUGGAGCGUGAGAUGCAACACUUCCUAUUUGGGUGA